AUGAUCGAGAUUACUGUAAAUGAUCGACUUGGCAAGAAAGUUCGCAUCAAGUGCAAUCCGUCUGAUACUAUUGGUGAUUUGAAGAAGCUUAUUGCCGCCCAGACCGGAACACGAUGGGAGAAGAUCGUGCUCAAGAAAUGGUACACCAUCUACAAGGACCACAUCACACUGCAGGACUACGAGAUCCAUGAGGGCUUCAACUUCGAGCUCUACUAUCAAUAA